AUGAACGGCCACGAAAAGAAUAGCUCUGGAUCUGGUACUUGCACUCCAGUUCCUCUGGAGCAAGUCACAGAGCAAAUCACGAAGGAUUUUGUCUCUAGUUCCCGUGAGCCUACUCCCGAGGGAACUCCCCCAGAUAAAGUCAUCAGAACGCCUCCACAUUUUUCUCCGCGGUCUGAUCUAUUGAAUCAAAAGCCAACGAAAGAGAAUGCCCAAAGCCUUUUCUCGCAAGAUUGUUGUGUUUUUGUUGGAAAUCUCUCGAACAAGAUUCCAAUCGAACAAUUGGAGCAUGAUCUUGCACAGAUCAUGUUGCAGUAUGGUCGUUGUUUCGUUAAUAUUAAAUGUCCAAAGAAUAUGCCUAGUGGAUUUGUGCAAUACGAAGAACGAGAAACAGCGAAAAAGGCGCUUGCAAAAAAUGGUCAACAUAUACUUCACGGGCGAGCGUUGAGAUUUGAGGCGAGUCAAGCACAUACAACUGCCUACAUCAGCCUUCGCUCUGGUCACUCGAUCACUGAGUCUGAGAUCAGGAAACUCCUGAAUAACUUUGGCGAGUUGAAAACAGUUGACAUAUGCACGCAUAUUGACCAGGGCUAUCGAACCAUCUACGGUCUCAUCGAUUUCGCAUACCAAGGUGACUUUGCAAAGGCACUUCAUACUUUUCACCACAACGACAAAUACUAUCUGAGAAGGGCCGAGAUGGAUGAUAUCCCCCACGAUGGUGCUAUCGAAGGAGACAGGCAUUCAAAUGAACCUCCUCAGAACCGCACCUGGAACAAUUCGCGACUUCCUAGAGCCCGACCAUAUGGCAACGGCCAUAACAGAGGCCACAACAACGGUCCCAACGGCUACAACAACAGCAAUCACGGCUAUAACAACAGUACUGGCAACGGCAACGUGGGAAAUGGUGGUAACAGCGGCAGAGGUGGCAUUCGCAGUGGCCCCCCCAGACACCACGCCAGCUUUUCAAACCAGCACACUCCCACCCAGAGUAUCAACGCUCAAAACAAUCCAUCCCAUGGUUUUUCUCCUCGCCAAUUUCACCGGGGAUUUCACUUCCCUCCGACCGUCGGCGGCGCCGGUAACUUCGACCAAGGCUAUAACCCCAACGUCAAUCAGGGCUAUAAUCCCUCCUUCAAUCAAGGCUGCAAUCCCACCCUCAAUCAAAACUUCUCUCAGGGCUACCCUUUUAACAACCAUGCUCAUUAUCCCCCCCAAGGAUACCCACCCGCUGAAGCUUUUGUCAGCCCAUCCAUUGGCUUCAGCCAGAUGUCAGUGCCGGAAGUCACAACUCAGCCAUUUCCUUCCGAGUACCCUGGCAUGCCAAAUCCAGGGCUCCCUAUUUUUAUGCCGAACCAAUACCAUCCUGCUAUGUUGACACGGCACCAGACUAUGAUCGAAGGUCCACCUGCACCAAGGCCUCCUUUCCCUAACGAACCUCUCCUCGUCUCUAGCCAGCCACAGUUUGACUCUGAUCAGCACCGAGAACACUGGUGGUGUCCUACUUGGGUCCCUGCCGGAAUGCCGCCCAACUGGCCAGGUGCCCCGGGCAGCUAUUGUAUGCAGCCAGGCUACAGUCAUUACUCUGUGCCUCGCGCCAGCCAGCCCAGCUUGGAAGCACCUUUUUAUGGAGGUUUUUCUGAGGCCGAAGCAUAUGAAUCUACCUUGAAUCAGAUCCAUGUUGAACCAACUGAGGGCGAGGAAAUCGAGAGAGGACGCUCUCGUGUUCAACAGCACCAUUCAACCACCGAUGGGAGUUCCGACAUGCCCCAAGUGGCCGUCCCUGGCCAGACCAAGAGUGAACCACUUUCAGUGCCAACUCAUGUGCAGGAGGGUGCCAACAUCGUAACUGUGAAGGCAUCUUCUGAUACCGGCAUCGGGCCGACCACGUCUCAAGAUGAUCCCAUUGAGCCUGAGAAUAACCCAAAUGAGCCUGAGCCCGAAGCUGAAAAUACUGACGAGCCCAGCCACGCCCCGGCUGCGGACGAAGAGCACCGAAAUCCGAACGUUGAGACUGUGCCUGAACUGGAAGUUGAAACUAAGAGUGCUGCUGAUUCAUCGGAAGGAGGCCCCGAUCCUAAGACGCCCGAUACCGACCAGUCACGGGAGCGUGUUACUACCAGUACCAAAUCGCAGCCCGACUCACGAACAACAGUCACUGCACCGACAGUAGCCAAGACCGGUGCCAAACGCAAGUCGCCUGUCAAAGACAAGGGAGCCAACGCAGAAAAGCUUGACAACAGCAAGUCACCAGCCAAGGAUGGGACUACCGAUGCUGACAAACCUGACAAAGGCAAGUCGCCUGCCAAAGAUGAGAUUGCCAACACCGACAAGCUUGACGAAGGCAAGUCACCAGCCAAGGACGAGACUGCCAACACCGACGAACUUGAAAAAGACAAGUCACUAGCCAAACGCCCUGUGAGACUUGAGCUUGAUGUGCCAAAAUUUGCCAUAGAAUAUGCCCGGAAGAGGGCGACUCGCACUCCACUGCGUGAGAACAAACCACUCAAGGAAAAAUAUCAGCCCCAAACCGGCAGCCGUAAGACUGUUGAGGACUACACUCGCGAAACAUAUCGCCAGAUGGUCGCGAAAGACCCCAGCUUCCAGUUCAAAGAUGAGAGUAAGCUGGAUGAGGCUAUCCAAGAACUUGAAGAUGAGUGGUAUGAGCAAGGGUGGGCAGAAGAAGGUCUCGGUCCUGAGGAUGAAAGUCCAGACUCUGGGUCUCCCAAGGACCCGAAAGACAAGUCGUCGGCAUAG